GGUCGGACGGGUUCACGGGCGCUUUCGUCAAUUGUUUACAAAUAACUGUCAGAAACUCGCUACACAGUCAUAAAUGUUUUUUUUUCCUCUACAAAAUGGAACAGUGAAUCAUACGUAUUGGGUUUUAAGAGAUAUUCUUUCUCUGAGAUUAAGCCCAGCAGGCGCGUGGUGUCACGUCAGCGCAGGUCCCCAUGGCGGAGGAAACCACUAAGCUGACACUGAGGCGCCUGGAGGCCCCCAUACACAAGUUCAUUAAAGUGGCUCUACCCACCGACCUGGAGAGGCUGCACAAACACCACAACAACAUACUGAAGUACCAACAAAGCCAGCAAUGGGACCGCCUUCAUCGAGAACACAUCAACGCCAGUCGUACUGUUCAGCAGCUGAGGGCAAACAUCCGAGAGAUGGAGAAGCUGUGCAGCCGCGUCCGCACGGAAGACGCCUCGGCUCUGGAGAGGCUCGUCGCGCCGGUCAAGGACAGGGCGGCGGCCGCCGCGCGAGACUUCCUGCAGUUGCACUCCAAUCCCGCACCUCAGCCUACGCCGUCUUCGCCGCCGUCCGACAGUUGUGAGACGAGCAGUUCACGUGCUGGCGAUGAGGCGGAGGAGCCCGUUUGUGGAUGGCAGGUUCAGUCUCAGCUACCAGAGAUCCCUACAGAGGAAAAUGCGGCCGAGUCCUGGGAGAACCUGGAGGAGGAUUUGAAGGAGCUGAGUGGUAUGGUGACAACCUUCUCUGCGCUCGUCCACUCCCAGCAGGAGAAGAUUGACAGCAUCGAGGACAACGUCAACACAGUCGCCGCCAACGUGGAGGAGGGGACCAAGAGCCUGGGGAAGGCGGCGGGCUACAAGUUGGCGGUGCUUCCCUUGGCCGGCGCGCUACUGGGCGGCGUCUUGGGGGGUCCGCUGGGCCUGCUGGCCGGCUUCAAAGCCGCAGGUGUGGCCGCCGCGGUCGGGGGCGGCGCACUGGGCUUCGCGGGAGGCAACCUGGUCCAAAAGCACCGCAAAGGUCUGCUGCAACUGCAGAUGAAACAGCUGACGGCGCCGCCGCCGCCGUUGGAGGCGGGGUCGUGCGAGGACAAGUGAUGCAGCGCCGACCAAAACGUGGUAACGGAGCUGUAACGCUCUUAUGUAAAAAAACACACACACACACACACACACACGCGCUGUGUUUCUGUCAGAAUCCGUUUGUUUACGACGCGUGCAACCCUGCUUCUUAACGAGGUUGCGUCACAUCUGACAUAGUUGUGCGCUCAUGUUGAUCGUAAAACAGCGGCGCCGUCAUCCUACACGCCGUCUUGUCUCCUAUAAGGUCUUUGGAAUGAGUGACUGGCCGCAACGUUAACACAACAUAACGCCAUCCCAUGCAAGAGCUGAUUAUGUUCAAGACCGCAAAUGUACAAACCUCAGCCCAAUCGCUCUACGUACGCCUUCACUUUAGUAUACAGUACAGUACAACUGCGUCAUCAUGAAUAACUGGUGGGCGGAGCAGUCACAUUCAUCUUUCUAUUUAUUUUUGCAAAGAAAAGUGGUGGUUAGCUUUAAUAACCGGUGGGAGGAGUAGGGGGAGCAGCUCCUCUGUGACUCAAAACAAUCUUCACCUCCUAUUUGGUUUCUAAAUAAGGAAACAAAAACAGCUCUACGGUUUCUAUGUAUUGCUGUUAUGCAAGGUAGAGCUCAUUAAUAACCGGUGGGAGGAGCGGUCACAUUAAUCAUGACGUGUCUGUUGUCAGCGAGCGAGCGUACUUUUAAGACGACGGAAUAUUUAAUGUUUUUGUAUACAUUUUUGUGAAGUGUAGUUUUUAUUAAUAACCGGUGGGAGGAGUGGGGGAGCAGCUCCUCUGUGACCUUAAAACAAUCUUCACCUCCUAUUUGGUCGCUAAAUAAGGAAACAAAAACAGCUCUACGGUUUCUAUGUAUUGCUGUCAUGCAAGGUAGAGCUCAUUAAUAACCGGUGGGAGGAGCGGCCACAUUAAUCAUGACGUGUCUGUUGUCAGCAAGCGAGCGACGGAAUAUUUAAUGUCUUUAUAUACAUUUUUGUUAAGUGGUAGGUAGUUUUUAUUAAUAACUGGCAGGAGGUCACUGUUACAUCUCGACGCAAGUAUCAGGCUCCAGUCAGAGACGAGGAGUCAGAAGCUGGGGCAGACUUCCGGAUGACUGUUAUUUUAAGUCAAGUGCCAAGCAACAGAUAUUAGGAAUAAUAGGUGGGAGGAGUGAUGACACUAAUUAUUUAAAUGGUGGUUAUAAUUAAUAACUGGCGGGAGGACUACAUUAAUGUAAUGACAAUGCAUGUUCCCCCGCGUGAGUCAGCGUUGACUUUGUGGAUGAUUUCUAUUUAUUUCUGCUGCGCAGUAUCAUGAAUAACUGGCGGGAGGAGCCAUGACAAGAUUGACUGGAUUGCUCAUGGGCAAGCUUACUUUGGCAUGAAUUUAUGCAUUAUUCCAGUCUUCCUGUAUAUUUGGAUUACAUAAAAUGGAGGUUAGGCAGCAUCUGUGUGUGCAUUAUGUUAAAUGUUGGUUAUUAAUAACUGGCAGGAGGAGCGGCAAUGUUAAUUUUAUGACUACAUGUCCCCCGUAUGAGUAAGCUUAUGGUUAGACUUAGUGAACGAUACUAUUAAUAACUAGCAGAGCAGUUUCUCAAAACAUUCUAUGCUUUGCUGUUAUGCAAUGUGACAGGAAGCAGUUCCUUUAAAUUAAAGCAAAGGCACAAUUCUUGAUACAGCUCUUGUAUUGGAUCGCAAUAAUGUGUGUAGUGAGUAUACUUUUUUUCCUUGUACCACAACGAGAAAUCUCUUGACUGUAUUGUACUGUAAUAUUACUGUAUUGUAUAUUGAAACAUAUUGAAAACACACCAAAGUGCCAAUUUGCAGGUCACUUGAAGGACUAAAGUGCUAAAUAAAUUGUGUUCUUACUCAAAGACACAAAAAAAAGACACCUGGCAACACAACAUUCUGUAAAAUGACUUUUAAUUGUCAUCCGUGUUCCCCUUUUGAGAUGACUCAUUUGGAAAUGGCAUCCACUUUGUCAUG